AUGCAGGCAUCCCGUCUAGAGUCUAGCCUUGGGAAAGCCCCAAAAGCCUGCAAAUUCUGCAGAUUACGAAAGAAAAAGUGCAACAAAGCGCUUCCUAGAUGCGGCUUCUGCGCCAGGCAAGCUCCGCCGCGAAAUCGUUUAUGCGAAUAUUGGAAACCGAAUGCAGCAACAAAUACUCACUCUACCAUCGCUUCACCUGCUGAAAGAGAGUGGUCUUCUCUCCUCUUGGACCAAGAGCGGCUACACGCCCAGGCUGUCGACCUUCCCACUAUCCUUUUCCUGGAUCCAGAUCUACUACGGCUUGGCCAAGUAGAAACUAUACACACUGUACCAACCAUCCCAAAAAUUGUACUGCAAUUCCUAGGCGGCUUGGAUGAGAUCCGACUCACAGCAGACAAGUUCUUUGGGCACAUUCAUCAAUGGAUGCCCUUCAUCUCGAAGAAGCGGUUCUAUGAUCUCUACAUGCAGCCCUCAUUUCACUCUCGACCCGACGUAGCCUUACUUUUAUUGGCACUAAAGCUCAUCACUACCCUUCCCCUUCCUCAUCUGCCCAAUCCUCGCACAGUUUUGUAUCACACAGUCAAGCAUUUCUACCUAGAGGUUGAAAGUUCUUUUUCUCUCCUAGUGUUGCAAGCAGGCAUUCUCGUGGCACUAUACGAACUGGGACAUGGCAUCUAUCCAGCCGCCUUCUUGUCAAUUGGACAAUGUGGGAGAUAUGCCCAUGCCCUGGGAAUCAACACCAGUCAAACGGUGCCAGCUACAAGAGUGCUUACUCUGGUGGAAGUCGAAGAGCGACGAAGGGUAUGGUGGGCCAUUGUCAUUUUAGACCGUUUCGUGAGCAUCGGUUGCCCAGGACGGCCAUUUAUCGCUACACAUCCACGGCUUGAUGAUCUGCUACCGGUCAAUGAUGCCACAUUUGAUCUUGGUAUGAUUGUACUCGACGAUUUCUCUACUCUUUCGUCUCCGAAAACAGGGCAUAUGAGUAAAUUUUCUCUACUGUGUCAGGCUGCUCAUCUGCUAGGUCAAGUGCUUCAGCACGUUUCCAGUGACUCUGCGGGCCAGGAUAUCGCCUGGGUGCAGCUUUAUCGCACGCUACAAUCAAUGCUAACUGCUGCAUUGGAUGUUGACCACCCAGAUUACGAUCAAAUUACAUUUGUCUACAGCGCCCUUGUUGCUUUGUAUACGCCCUAUCUGUCCUCUGGCAAGACUGAAAAUCACAACAGCGACUACUCCCGGCGAGCUAGAGACGUUCUACACCAGAUCACAGGCCGAAUCAGUGCGAAUCUUGUCGGGCGCCGGUGCUUCUUAGGCCGAGAUCCAGAAGAUGUGUCUCCAUGGGGCCUAUACUUUGCUUAUCGCAUCUGUGGAGUGCUCAUGCGUCCUAGCGAGAGAGCACUGCACGGAGCCGAGGUGCUGAAGAGUCUGCUUGAAGCGUUCCAGAUAAUCUCCGUGAAAUGGAAUGUGGCGACCGUUUACCUUGAGUUACUAGAGGCACGGAAGGCCAUCUCCUUGGGAGCUUGAGUCUAUUGGAAUGAGGAGUAUACUUCAACGCUGGACACCUAGCGGCUAGAACAAUGAUUCUGCAUGGAAUCGAAGAAGUAUGCAUGAUCCACACACAAUACGUAUGCUCUCGUGGUACGGUUCUGAUGCUUCACAACGGAAAUGAGCCUUUUGAGGAGCCACUCGGCGAGUUUAAGGACUUUGCCAUCGAAGCUCGUAAGCUGUCGAAUGGGGCAACAAGGAGCUCCGUGGGGGGUUGGAGAGGCAUACAUAUAUAUUAUACAUCUUUUCUUCUUCUAUCAUUCCAAGAUUAUAAUUAUUAUUCAUUGCGUUAAAGAUGGAGCAAUUAUUACGAGAGCAAGUAUAAACGAAAUUCACAUCCACUGCGUCCUCCGCCUUUUACCACGCC